AUGGCACUAAGCUCUUGCCAUCAACUCUUCAUAACUACGUCACGUCAAAGGCACAUGAAUGGAUUAAAGCGUGGGAGGCAGCAGAGGCUGUAGCGAUCCCUAUAUUGUAACUUGUGAUAAUUAUAGGGAUCAGAUUAGACAUUUUACUUCUCCUUGUUGGUUACGUUGCUGAAGCUUGUUUGCUAUAUGUACUCGGCAGCAUUAUGGCCGAAAACCCUAAGAAAAACAUACAGAAAUAAGAGGUACCUCGGAGAGCCUUCAAGCUCUCCUUCCCGUGGACUAGUCCCGUUCAUACUGAACGGGGAAACCACGUAAAUCCGAUCUCGUUUUAUAUUCCGCACUCGCUUCUAUCGAUUUUUACAUGGUAUCAGAGCUGUGAUUUAAUCCAGAGCUUUCGCGAUGGCUUCGGACGACGAGGAGACUAGCAAGAAGUUGAAGAUGAUUUCCGGGGGAGAUGCCGAUGCAACUGUACCCGUGCCCUUACCUUCACACUUGCAGCUUGAUCGAUCGGACAGCCCUAGCAGUUUGUUCGUUGGUGACCUUUUAACCGACGUCAAUUAUGGUGAAUGGGUGAUGGAUAUGACCGACUCAUUGAUCGCCAAAAACAAGAUAUGCUUUGUCGACGGGAGUCUGCCGAUAGCGACCUCUCCGGCAGAGAAGGAGGCUUUGCGUCGUUGCAACGCAAUGGUCAAAGGGUGGUUGAAGACCUCGAUGACAAAGGAGGUACGCAAUAGUGUUCGCUUCGCUGCUACUGCUAGGGAGAUAUGGGUUGAUUUGGAAUCCAGGUUUGGGCAGGGCAGUGCGACGCGACUCUACGAGUUGAAAGGCACUAUAAUCAGCUUACAGCAAGAGAAAACCUCAGUUUCUCAAUUCUACACAAAGCUGAGGGGUUUAUGGGACGAGAUAGAGGCGCUGACUCCGUCCUUAGAGUGCACUUGUGCAGGCUGUAGUUGUAAUGUGAAGAGACGUCAGCGUGAGGUUAGAGAAGGCGAGCGAUUGUUCGACUUUUUGAUGGGCUUGGAUGCGCCCUUUUCUACUGUGAAAUCACAGAUUUUGGCUAUGAAGCCGAUUCCCUCUCUGGCAGAAGCCUAUCGUCUUGUUACUACUGACGAGCAACAGCGGCAGCUCGCGAAUAGUCGUCGGCCACGGCCGGAAGCAGCAGCUUUCCAGGCCCAGGGUGAUCGUCGAGCUGAUCGUCAAAGCCCUCAGCAGGAACGCGAUACUGAUCAGGAGCGGGAAACUGGAGGAAAACUCCGCUGCUCGCAUUGUCGCCGCACUGGCCACGUGCGCGAGAUGUGUUAUCGUCUCAUCGGAUAUCCUCCGCGUGAUAAUGCUAAGGGGGAGUCCUCCUCGUCUGCUCGGGCACCGCCUCGCCGUCGAAAUGAGCAGGGCGAUCGUGCUUCACCACAAGCAGCCCAGGUUGACGCGGAAGGCAGUGUUUUGCAGGGGCUCACGUCGAAGCAACUUGAGCAGCUCAAGCUGUUGUUGAACAGCGACCUGCGGCAACUUUCUGCCGAGCCCAGCUCCAACAUGGCAGGUACGUUCUCUUUGAACUCGUCCUCAUGGGUUAUCGAUUCGGGUUGUAAUGAGCAUAUCGUUAAUCAUGCUUCAUUGUUGGAUUCCGAGUUGGACUCGCAUCCUGUUUUACAGGUUAAGAUACCUAAUGGAACGGGUGUCCAAGUCCGUAGUAUUGGAACGACUAAAUUAUCUGAUGAUCUCUUAUUGCGUCGAGUUCUGCAUGUUCCGGAUUUUCAAUGCAACUUACUUUCUGUCAGCAGAUUGACAGCUGAGCUUCCGGUUGCAUUAAUUUUCUUGGGUGACUUCUGUGUUAUUCAUGACUUACCAUCCAAGAGGCUGAUUGGGAUGGGUAAGCAUGUCGACGGUCUGUAUUACUUGAGGUUGUUCGAGCAGGGUCAUCCAGUAGCUCACACAGUUCGGCAAUCCCUAGGAGAUACAGAGUUAUGGCAUUCGCGUCUCGGGCAUCCAUCGAAGUCUAAAUUACAUCUUUUGGAGGACACACUUGGUUGUUCUUUUAUUCAUAAUAAUGAGCCCUGUCGAUCUUGUUUGAGGGCUAAACAAACUCGUGAUGUUUUUGAGACUAGCAGCAUUAAAACCACGUCUUGUUUUGAGCUUAUACACGUUGAUAUUUGGGGCAGUUAUAAAACUACAUCUAUGUCCGGUGCUCAUUAUUUUCUGACUGUGGUUGAUGACUUUAGCCGUGCCGUUUGGGUAUUUUUACUUCGGUUUAAGUCAGAUGCAGCACGCCAUUUGCUAUACUUCUGUAACUUGGUUCGGACACAGUUUGGUAAACAGGUGCGUAAGAUUCAAGCAGAUAAUGGCCCGGAAUUCUCUAGCCAGCUCCUCACUGAUUAUUUUGAGGAACAUGGGAUAAUCUUGCAGACUUCCUGCACCGACACUCCUCAGCAGAAUGGGGUCGUUGAACGCAAACACCGACACUUGCUUGAUACAGCACGAGCAUUGCGAUUUCAUGCGAAUUUGCCCUUGAAGUUCUGGGGAGAAUGUGUGUUGACGGCGGCAUAUUUAAUCAACAGGAUGCCGCUGGUUCCCAUUGGGAAUCGUUCUCCGUUUCAAAUCUUGUUUGAUCGAUUGCCUAAGUAUGAUCAUUUACGCAGCUAUGGUUGCUUGGUGUAUGCACGAGAUACCCAUCAGCAUCUCCACAAAUUUGCCGCUCGGGGAAGGGCAGGGAUUUUUCUCGGCUAUCCUUCUGCUCAGCGGGGUUAUCGAGUGUAUGACCUGGAAACUCGUGCCAUUUACACUUCGCGAGAUGUGAAAUUCCUAGAGACAGUGUUUCCCUAUCGGGACUUGACCAAUGGUCAGUCCCUCACUCCAGUUUCUGUAUCGACUCUGCCAACUGAACCAGCAUCGGCUCCUGACUAUGAUGACGAGGAUGAAUUGGUGCACGUUCCGCGAGUUGCAGCUCAUUUGCAGCGUCAGGAUGAAUCUUCUGCAAAGUUGGCCGAGGAGUCCGAUCCAAAUCCGCAGCGAGCUCCGCCGCAGACCCCAGAGAGUGCUGGCGAGGAAGGUAGUGACACCACUAGGCUGGAUCCACUUGCUGUUUCGGACAGUUCCAGCAGCUCCCCUUUGCCUUCCGAUCCCAGCAGCUCUUCAUCGCCUGCGGAGUCACCUCUUCCACGUCGCAGUGACCGAGUGCGGACUACCUCCACUCGUUUAGCGGGGUAUGACUAUCAGCUUCCCGGCGCAGCUCAUUCGGCCACGGCGCAGUAUCCUCUUGAUGAUUACUUGACAUAUCAUCGACUCUCGGUUGCACAUCAUGCUUUUGUCGCCGCCGUUAGUACUGUAUUCGAGCCGACCUAUUACUUUCAAGCAGUUCGGUACAAGCAUUGGCGUGAGGCAAUGCAAAGGGAAUUUGAUGCACUAGUUGCGAAUGGGACAUGGGAAAUUGUUUUCCUACCUCCUGGGAAGAAGGCAAUCGAGUCCAAAUGGGUGUACAAAGUUAAAUUCCAUCCUGACGGAACAGUUGAACGUUUUAAAGCUAGAUUGGUGGCGAAAGGUUAUACGCAGAUUGAGGGUGUGGAUUUCCAUGAUACUUUCGCCCCGGUAGCCAAGCUGGUUACUGUCCGCUGUCUACUCGCCAUUGCAGUGACUCGUGGGUGGCAUAUUCACCAGUUGGACGUCAACAACGCAUUUCUCCAUGGCGACCUCGAGGAAGAAGUUUAUAUGCAAAUUCCUCAAGGUUUUGCUCGCCCGGGGGAGACUCGAGUUUGCAGAUUGCGAAAAUCGAUUUAUGGUCUGCGUCAGGCUUCCCGAAAUUGGUACCAGAAAUUCACUCAGGCUCUUUUGGAACUUGGGUUUGUGCAGAGUCGUGCAGAUCAUGCGCUGUUUACGUAUCGGCGUGGGGAGACAUUUGUUGUAGCUCUCAUUUACGUCGAUGACGUUAUUUUGGCAGGAACAGAUCUUAACUUCAUUGGUCAAGUGAAGGGGUUUCUCCAUGAUCGUUUCACCAUAAAGGAUCUUGGUACCCUUAAGUAUUUUCUUGGCAUUGAAGUAGCUCAUUCUCCGCGUGGCAUUGUGUUGAAUCAACGCAAGUACGUGCUGGAUAUUCUUGCUGAUGCCGGUCUUGAAGCAGCUAAGCCCUGUUCCACGCCCAUCGAACAACAGCAUCACUUGGGCCGUUCACCUUCACCACCUGCCGCGGAUCCUGCUGCUUAUAGACGCCUGGUUGGUCGUCUUCUUUACCUCACUGUUACCCGUCCAGAUAUCACAUAUGCCGUCAACCUGCUCAGCCAAGCAAUGCAAAACCCUACUAAGGCACAUGAGGAUGCUGCUAUUCGUGUACUUCGUUACCUCAAGUCAGCUCCUGGUCGUGGUCUUUUCUUCUCUGCAUCUGCUAACCUUACCUUGACUGCAUAUUGUGAUGCUGACUGGGGUGGUUGUCCCUUGACACGACGAUCCACGACGGGAUAUGUGAUUAUGCUUGGUGCUUCACCCAUCUCUUGGCGCACUAAGAAGCAAACGGUUGUAGCACGUUCUUCUGCUGAAGCUGAGUAUCGAUCUAUGGCCAGUACUGUGAGUGAGAUCGUUUGGCUGCGUUGGUUGCUCCAAGAUCUGGGUGUUACUGCGGCUGGUCCUACCACUUUGUUUUGUGACAAUCAGGCAGCUCUUCAUAUUGCUGCUAAUCCGGUUUUCCACGAGCGCACUAAGCACGUGGAGAUGGAUUGUUACUUCGUCCGUGAGCGUGUUCAGUCGCUAGAAAUUGCCCCUGCCAAGAUUGCUACGUCCGAUCAGCCGGCGGACCUCUUCACGAAGGGAUUGAGUGUUGAUCAGUUCCAUCAUCUCUUCGUCAAGCUUGGACUUCUCGACAUUCACUCCUUCGCUUGAGGGGGAGUGUAGCGAUCCCUAUAUUGUAACUUGUGAUAAUUAUAGGGAUCAGAUUAGACAUUUUACUUCUCCUUGUUGGUUACGUUGCUGAAGCUUGUUUGCUAUAUGUACUCGGCAGCAUUAUGGCCGAAAACCCUAAGAAAAACAUACAGAAAUA